AUGGUUGUGGGGUUGAGAUUGAAAGUGCCAUUGAAAAAUGUCGAUGAGAAAACCGAUCGAAUGAAAGAUCGAAGCCUCUACGGCGAACAACACUUGUCAUGGGUUUUUCGAGCAAUAAAACCACAGAAAGGAUUGAUUCGUAGCAAGAUUCGUGCAAAUAUCGAAGAGAGGUUGCUGCUGCCUGUGGGAUGCUCUGAAGCUUUUCCUGAAAGAGAUGUAGUUGAUGAUAGUGAUCUGUGA